AUGUGGGCAAGAGUCUUAGCAGGCGGCUUUUUGUUAGCCCAAAUGCCGUCCUUAUCAGAUUACUAUAUUCCUCCUUCAAGCCAAGUUCCAGUAAAAAUAAUCAGCGGGUCCGGAUCAAAAGAACUUGCCCAUGAAGUCUCAGGGUAUCUGGGAAUUCAGCUAGCAAGAGUUGGGCUCUCAAAUUUUGCCGAUGGCGAAUCAUCAAUAAAAAUAAUUGACAAUGUCGCUGGAAGAGACGUUUUUGUAAUUCAAUCUUUAUGCCAACCAAUACAAGAUAACUUAAUGGAACUUAUCCUGAUGCUGGAAACUUUAAAAUCUUCAAAUUGCAGAAAAGUAAUCGCAAUAGUCCCUUACAUGGCUUAUGCUAGACAGGAUAUCCCUGAAAAAGUCAAGCCAGGAAUCCCAUCAGCUGAAAUUUCUAUGCUAUUAGAAGCAGUUGGGCUUGAUGCCGUUGUCUGCGUUGAUUACCAUGGAGAGCAAGCCAAAGGAUUCUUUAACGUCCCUGUGACAGAAAUUAAGCCCUAUUCUGUAGCUGUGGAGUAUUUAAAGUCGAAAAACUUAAAGAAGCCAGUCAUUAUAAGCCCUGAUAUCAGAGGGUUCAAACGAGCGUAUGCGUUUUAUGAGAUUAUGAAUGAGGAAGGCAUUGACUGUGAUAUAGCACUCAUGAAUCAUGGAGGAACCAGUAUGUCUUAUAUAAAUAAACAUAGGAGAAAUGAGUAUGUUGGCGAUGUUUUGACAGGAAGAGACAUUGUUAUUGUAGACGAUAUGAUUAUUACAGGCAGCAGACUUAUGAACGCUUUAGAAAAUUUAAGAAAAAGAGACGCGGAAAGGAUUUUCAUGUACGCGACACAUGGGAAUUUUACGAAUGAAGCUAUAAAAAAAAUCGAAAAAAGUAGCUUAACUGAGCUGAUUAUUACAAAUACAAUCCCGCUUAAGCAAAACUCAUAUAAAAUUGUGUCUUUAAGCUUGGGGAAAGUAAUAGCUGACGUGAUUUUAGAAGUAGUCACUCAUUCAGAGCUUAAUUAA